GACAAUUGACAUUCCGGCACUGCUCGCAUUACGCGGAAGUGCACUCUUUGUUUCCUUUUCCUUAAAUUUUCAAAACAAGAAAAUUUUGAACUUAAUUUUCCAAACAUGGAAGUAACAGAUUUAAGUGAUAUAUUAAAUGUGAGAUCCAUCAAAAUGGAAACUAGUGACGUUAGUUUCGAUGAAACAAGUGCUGUUAGUGAUCCGAUGUCGAUUAUACCUCAAUAUGUUACCGAGAGUGAUUUAGGAUUGAUGCAGACGGGUAAUGAGAUGUUGCCCGCACCAUUAGCUGUUUUCACUGAUACACCAGACGAUGAAGACACACUACAGAGCAACGAAAGUAGUGAGGAAAUUAUUGUUCAGUUAAUGGACAUCAGAACGCGGCUCUCCCGUCUACGGGACAUGCUCGAGAGGAGGCUGGCGACAGAUCUAUCGGACUACACGUUUUGGUUGCAGGACGCUAAAAUGUUGGAGAACCACAAGACCUUAGUGGAGCAGUGUAUCCGGGGCGAAGGCGUCGUCCAAGUGAACAUACAGAUUAAGGUGGCCGAGAAGAAGAUAAACAUACUAGACGUCCUGAAGCCUGAUGAGGAGGUGGUCCAGCUGCCCAGGAGGCACGCAAGCCUGGAUCUGGACGACACGCUCUCGCUGACCGAGGAGCAGGGGGAGGGCCACGCCGCUGACCCGGGGCACCCGCACGCGGCCGCCGUCAAGUGGGUGGUCGAUGCGCAGUUCAAGAGCGAUCACCGCAUCAGGAUACCCGACGACCCGGCUGACUGGUCGGUGCAGCACGUCAAGCUCUGGAUCCAGUGGGCGGUGAGACAGUUUAAUUUGACCGGGAUAAAGCUGUCAGACUGGAACAUUGCCGGGACGGGACUGUGCACGAUGUCCAAUGUGGAAUUUAAGGAAAAGGUGCCGUCGGAUCCCGGCGACCUCUUCUGGACACACUUUGAGCUGUUAAGGAAAUGUAAAUUUAUCGCCGUUGUCCAGAAUGAGGAGCAGCCGCCGAAGGAUCCUUUGGAGCUGCAUCAGUCGGUGAUCAAGAAACGACCCAAACAACAGGUCGUCACUCAGCAGAGCGACGAAGACGCCACCACUUACGUCACCAGGAGUGGCAACAACGGGCAGAUCCAGCUGUGGCAGUUCCUGCUGGAGCUGCUCACCAGCGCGGAGUACUUCAAGAUCAUCAGGUGGCACGGCACUGAGGGGGAGUUCAAGCUGCUGGAGCCGGAGAAGGUGGCGUGUCUGUGGGGCGCGAGGAAGCUGAAGCCGGCCAUGAACUACGAGAAGCUGUCGCGGGCCCUCAGAUACUACUACGACGGGGACAUGAUCGCCAAGGUCUCGGGGAAGAGGUUUGUAUACAAGUUCGUCUGCGAUCUGAAGCAGCUGAUCGGGUACAGCGCGGAGGAGCUGGCGCAGCUCGUGAAGGAGGUGCACGACUCCAGGACAUGCCAGCUGGACAGAUAAUAGACAUGACAUCGACAAAAAAAAAUUUUUUUUCUUCAAUAAUCCAAUUCCUCUUGUGACACCCCUGACGACCGCCACCGGAUCCGCCUCAACAAAAUAAAAACUAUAUUUUUUUUUUGUUAAAUUAUUUCGCUGCCGUGUCUGUUAGUCAAAAAAAAUUAUUAGGUCUAUGUUUAGACGAAACGGAAAUAAAGUGAAGUUUUUUUUAAAUGCGAGGAUUGGGUCAUGGCAUGUUUUGGUGUCGAGUGUUAGCUAGAGCCCGUGGACAUCGGUCAUGUUGAUUUCCCGAAACAUUAGUCCAAAGUCUCAGUAUAGUUACAACCCAUAGAGGUCCUACCGCUAGUAAGAAACCACUUGCUAUUAUGGCGCCAUCUUAAUUUGCUGUCCUUCAGUGAACACUUUUUAUUAUACUGAGAUGGUUCUUCUUACCUCUACCCUUUUUUUUUUUUUUUUUUUCGGGUAGAGGGCCGAACCUCCUACGAGGUCCCCGCGCAAAAGGGGCGCGCGGGGUAUGUGAGACUCAACGAUCUGCAUGGUGUUGUGAGCAGACCGCGGGCCCAAGGAUUUUAGGACCCACCCACUAAACGACUCCCCUGCACUCUUACACCCGACGUCCGAUCCCCUCCGAGGUCAGAACCCGGAUGAGGUAGGGGGGCUACCGCAGUCAACACUACAACCAGACGGCGCGGCUCACCCCAAGGACGCCCAGCCGACGGAGCCUUCGAGGCGAAUCGAAGGCUCUGAAACGUCGGCCGUCUCGGUACGGCAGCCCGUCGGGCCGCCCAGACGGUGCCGCUGGUGUCCCGGAAUACCCCGCUGGACCAAAACCAGCCUGCCGGGUCGGGACGCGAUACACCGUCGACCGGUCGCUCUAAUCACUCCACGGCGGCGCGCUAGAGUGCUGGUAGCGCGCCGCGCGGCCUCACCCCCUCAGGUCGCCCCUUGACCUUCACCGGGGGGAGGCCGCCACCUACAGGGGCCGGGACGUACGGGCGUAUUCCCGCCUCCGGCCCCCGGCUCGACGGCGACGGAUCGGUGCGGAAAGGGAAGAGCUCUCCCUCUCUCGCUCCGCCGCCUCCUUCUGCGAUAUGGUGGACUCGCAGAAGUCGAGCAUCGCCUUCCAGGACGCCUCGCUGCCGAGCAUCGUAGCCACGACGCGCGGCAGCGAGAGGUCCUCUCCAAUGACCGCGACGAGGGCGGCGCGUUGCUCGUCAAAUCCAGAGCAACGCGCCAAUGCGUGUUCCGCUGUGUCUUCCUCGUCGCGGUCAGCGCAGUGGUGGCACUGCGCCGUCGGUUCCCUUCCGGCUAUUUUGAAAAGGUACCGGCCAAAACAACCAUGGCCGGUCAACAUUUGCGUCAGCCGGAAGGUGAGGCAUCCGCGGUCGCGGCCCACCCAGUCCGCGAGAACCGGGCGGACCGCCUCGACGGUACGGAGGCCGGCCGACGGGUCCGCCAAGCGGCGAGACCACGCCUCCAGCACGGACCGCCGAGAUUGGAGCCUCCGCGCUCGAACUACUCCUUCGCCGGGGCGCCCUUCCCCCCUAGAACGAAGGUCGCUUCGCCACCGGUAAUCGGCAGCGAGCGCCUCCGCCUCCAGGUCCCAGGGUGGCGCCCCGGCGAGCAAGCACGCCGCCUCGAAGGAGACGGUGCGGUAUCCUCGGAUCGCCCUGACCGCGAUCGCGCGCUGCGGACGUCGCAGCGCCGCGACGUUCUUGCGGGUCAGGGCGUGGCACCAUACGGGAGCCCCGUAUAGUGCCAUCGACCGCACCACCCCCAUGUAGAGGCGGCGCGCCACCUGAUCGGGACCCCCGACGUUUGGAAGCAGCCGGCUCAAAGAGCCGGCCGUCGCCAUCAGUCGAGGGCCCAACUUCGCAAAGUGAGCGCGGAAGUUCCACCGACCAUCCAGUUCGAGGCCGAGGUACCGAAGACCGGUCACCCCGACCCCGACGCGGACGCCUCCGAUCACGAGGUGGGCACCCAGAGGCGGCGCUCGUCCCGGCCCGUGAAACAACAGGGCCUGGGUUUUGUCGAGCGCCACCUCGAGUCCCAGCCGUCGGAUCCUUGUGACGACGUGUGCCACGCCUGCGCACGCCAGACGGGCAGACUCCCGGUAGUCCCUCCCCGGAGCCACGACCAACGUAUCUUACCUCUACCCUCCUAAGUCUAGGGGCACUCUUUUUUUUUUUUUUUUUUCGUAUGGCAAUAACCUUCUUGCGACGCCAUUGCUGCCAGUAACGACUUUUUAACAAAGUUCUUCAAUUAUGAAAUAAUAAUUCUGUUGUAUGAAAAAUGAUACGCCAAAAUGAGACUAAUCGAUUUGGGACGAAAUGAAAUGAAAUGUAAGAAGAGAUGAAAUAAACUAUUCCAGGGACGUAGUAUCAAUAUUUUUAGAAACAAAAAAAAGUUAUCAAUUAUAAAAAUAAUUACAAAUAAUCAUAAACUAUUAGAGUAGGAUACUAAAUUAAGAAGGAAAAAAACACUUCUAUACGUUAAUAGUAAUAAAAAUAAAUCGUUGAGAUUUUGAAUACUGCAUAUUUUUUAAUUACACCAUUCACGAAAAAUAUGAAGUCGUUCAACUCAGCACACUUGACUCUGUUUAAAACAGCUAUAUUCAUAUCACUUCUACUUCCUACACUAAGGCCAUUUCGGUGAGUCUUCCGACAAUAAUACGCUGGUUAUAGGCGGACAUUUUUUCAAUUUGUCCCAUAAACAAAAUGGUGCUUUUUACUUCUACCCUCCAUUUCUAAGGAGUUAUUCCAGCUACGCCCUAACGGGUAGAUGAUCACACAGGCUCAACUCGAGAGGGCUUACUAACACUAAUCCUAGCAAGAGCAGUGCUUCGCUCGAUCUACCACCGGAUCGCGACCCACUGAAGAUCAGUGUGCUUAGUGCGAGUUUUCUAACGUUCUCGAUAGCGUAAAGGCUUCGUCAAACAGAACGCGUAAUUAGCGCGCGUCAGAGCGCUACGCUAUGACGCCGGGAUGUGUUACGCUCUGACGCGCGCUAAGUACGCGUUCUGUUUGACGAAGGCUUAAAAGUUAACCCAAUUUUGUAUGCAGUUGGGACAGCGCCCCUAACGGCAAACGCACGCAAACGAUCCCAUUCCAUAUAAGUAUGAGCUAACUUUUACGUUAUCGAGAACGUUAAAAAACUCGCACUAAGCACAAUGGGAAGUAUCAUAAGUCAGUGGGCAAAGCAACCCUCUAAACGUGGCAUAAAUUAUUCGUAACAUGGGAAAUAAUUCAACAAUAAAUGAGUCGACUAUUAUCAAAGCCGGCAAUGUGACUUUUGGACAAUUAUUGGUAAAUCAGAAAAACGAAUUAUUGACUUUGUAUUCCAUUGGCAGUCACAAAACUCUUCUGAACGACAUCUUAGAUAAAUAACAGGUUAAGUAUUAACCUUUAUUUAAUGCAGGUUUUGAACCGUAUUCUUUGAAGGAGACGAUUAUAUUCAAAUCAAUCUGUAUUGACAUAUCAAUAACAUUUUUUUGUCCAAAUGCACAGAUUGCCACCUUUGAUAAUAGACGACUCAAAUAUAGUUUUAAGUAUAAAAAUGCGUUUCAAAAAAGUAUUUUAUUUUGUAAAUAUGUACCUAUAAAUGAUAAUAAAUGUUUUUUUUUUGUUACUGCGAAAUAA